ACCUGCUCCGAGAACUUCGCGAGAACUUCCCAGUGCCUGAAUAGUCUCAUCCUAUGGAAUAAACACGUAAGCAUCUGAGCAACUCGAGGAGUCAUUGAGAAUUGAGAAGUAGGUAUAAUAAAGAUAAAAUCAACUUCGUAUUAACCGCUCUUAUACAAAGUCACUACCCAUACAGCUAAAACUACUGCUGCACUUUAAACCUAAUAUUUUACUCAUUAUUCACCAACCCGGACCAUGGCUUCUAAGACAGUUGCUUUCUUCGGCGCAAGCACGGGUAUAGGUCUUUCAGCGCUGAAGCAUUCUCUCGCUGCCGGUUAUCAAUGCGUCGCGCUCUGCCGGGACCCGUCCAAGCUUACCUCAGUAUUGACAAGUGAAAAUGCGCCCAACCUUAAAGUCGUACAAGGAAACGCGCAUGAUUCCGCGGCUGUCACUCGCUGUCUCGAGGCUGCGGACGGUAAACUUGUUGAUGAGGUAGUUUUCACUAUCGGAGGAAAGCCCAUCCCGUCAAAAAUGACUAUUGACGAUCCACAUGUCUGCGAGAAAGGCAUUGCAACUGUUCUUGAUUCCAUCGCCACACUCAGAGAGCAAGGUGUCAUCGGUAGACCACACAUCAUCGUAUGCAGUAGUGCCGGCAUGUCCAAGUUCGGGCGGGACAUACCUGUCGCCUACGUCCCAUUAUGCUCCCUCCUUCUCAAGGUCCCUGGCGCGGACAAGAAAAUCAUGGAGAACAAGCUCGCCACGAGUGGUGAAGACUUCACCGUCGUGCGGGCGGCUAUGCUCCUUAUCGAUGGCGAGACAGAUAAGCCAAUCCGUGUUGGCAUCGAAGACCCGAAAACCGGGAUUGAAUCCAAAGCUAUUGGAUAUAGCAUCUCGAGGGAGGAUGCGGGAAAGUGGAUAGCACAGAAUCUCGUAAUAGAGAAAAACCAGAAAUAUUUUAACAAGACCGCGACGAUAGUUUAUUAGAGGAUGACUUGGAGUCGGCAAGCAAUGUGUAUAUAGUUGUACAGAAUUUUUUUGAGUGUUUGUAUGUCAGCAAAGGACGGAAGUUAGAAUACCUGUAACCUGGUUGCGUUGCAUUUAAAGAAACGGAUGAUUAUAAUAGAUUUUGGGGCUUUCAUAUACCUUCAUACCUACGAAAGUACCUAUAAGCACAUGUGGAAUAAAACGUUGAAAGUGACUAUAUUCAAAACUUUGCAUCGUGGGAUCUUGACAAUGGGGUGUGGAUGUAGUAACGAAGGCA